AUGUCCUUCCUCAGACGCCGCUUUGGCGGUGGUGAUACGUCAUCAGGGCCCUCGCGCGACCGGCCUCCGAACCCUGCGUCCUCCGAGCGACCGUCGAACCUGCGCGUUCUCACCGCCGAGCAGCUGCAUACGCUGAAGCAGACGGGCAAGAGCAAGAAUGGCAAGAGGAAGAACUUCUGGGUGUUUGGCCUGGGCGGCAUAUUCGGGCUGCUCGUUGCCGCCUUCUUUGCGGGCAGCAACGAUCUUAUCGAUCUGAAGAGCAUCGAGGGCAUGAACCUGGAGAGCUUGAUGGAGGCACUGCCCGCCAACUUCGUGAGGAGCGCACAGCAGCUGCAGAAACACGAACGCGAUGCCGUCAACUACGAUUCCUUCGCGAUUGGCAUGCACGCACGCAAGCAGGGCAUUCGCGCCGCCCACCCGGUCAUAAUGAUCCCCGGCGUCAUCUCCACAGGCCUCGAGUCGUGGAGCACGGAGGAGGGCGCGCGGCAGUACUUCCGCAAGAGACUGUGGGGUUCGUGGACCAUGAUGCGCGCUCUGGUGCUCGACAAGGCCGGGUGGAAGAAGCACAUCAUGCUCGACAAGGACACCGGCCUCGACCCGCCCGGCGUCAAGCUGCGAGCAGCCCAGGGCUUCGAUGCCGCCGACUUCUUCAUCACGGGCUACUGGAUCUGGAACAAGAUCCUCGAGAACCUCGCGACCAUUGGCUACGAUCCCAGCAACGCCUUCACCGCCGCCUUUGACUGGCGCAUGACAUAUAUGAACUACGAGAUCCGGGACCAGUACUUCACCCGUCUCAAGUCGCACAUCGAAGUCGCAAACCACGUCUCCAACAAAAAAGCCGUCCUGCUCUCGCAUAGUAUGGGCUCGCAGGUCCUGUACUAUUUCUUCCAUUGGGUCGAGGCUGAGGGAUACGGCAACGGCGGGCGCGACUGGGUCGAGAAGCACAUCGACAGCUGGAUCAACAUUUCGGGUUGUAUGCUGGGCGCCCUCAAGGACAUGCCCGCCGUCCUCAGCGGCGAAAUGAAAGACACAGCCCAGCUCAACGCCUUCGCCGUCUACGGCCUUGAGCGCUUCCUCUCCCGCUACGAGCGCGCAGAAAUCUUCCGCGCCAUGCCUGGUCUCUCCUCCAUGUUGCCCCUCGGCGGCAAUGCCGUCUGGGGCGACCACACCGGCGCCCCCGACGACGCCCCCAGCCAAAACGUCUCCUACGGCAACUUCAUCCGCUUCCGCGACACAAACAGCACCAACAUCCUGACCUCCCAAAACCUGACCGUCGAAGACUCGCUCCCCUUCCUCUUCAAAAACAGCGAGCCCUGGUUCAAAGCCAUGAUCCAACGUUCUUACUCGCACGGCGUCGCGCACACCGCCAAAGUCGUCGAAGACAACCAGCUCAUCCCCGCAAAGUGGAUCAAUCCCCUCGAAACACGCUUGCCGCUCGCGCCAAACCUGAAGAUUUACUGCUUCUACGGCAUCGGCAAGGAGACGGAACGCGCGUACUACUACCGCGCGGACGACGAUCCGCUGUCCGGGCUCAACGUCACGCUGGAUACGGCGUACACUGCGGCUUCGAACAGUGAGCCGACGGGUGGGGGUGGCAAUGGGGGCGUGGAUCAUGGUGUUGUGAUGGGAGAGGGUGAUGGCACGGUGAAUCUGUUGAGUAGUGGGUAUAUGUGCGCCAAGGGGUGGAAGAUGAAGAGGUAUAAUCCUGCCGGGGUGCAGAUUAAGACAUACGAAAUGAAGCACGAGCCUGAUAGGUUCAGUCCAAGGGGUGGGCCGAAUACUGCUGACCAUGUUGACAUCCUCGGACGGUCGUCACUGAAUGAUCUCAUUCUGCAAGUCGCAGGCGGAAGAGGAGAGUUGAUCAACGAGACGAUACACUCGAACAUUCUGGAGUACGCUGAGAAAGUAAAAAUUUACGAAGAGGAAGAGGAUGGGUGGUUUGGGCAAUAG